AUGCUGCCUCCGGGGAACCAGGAUGACGGCCCGACCCACUACGCCCUCUGCCCCAGCGCUGGUAGCCUCCGCCACGGCACUGUUAUCCCCAACAGGAUUUUUGUUGGGGGAAUUGACUACAAGGUUAAUGAGAGCGACCUGCGACACGUCUUCUCCCAGCAUGGAGCAGUAAAAGAGGUGAAGAUUGUGAUAGAUCGUUCAGGGAUGUCAAAGGGAUAUGGCUUUGUGACAUUUGAGACCCAAGAUGAUGCAAUGAAGAUCCUUCAUGAUGCUAAAGGAGUCUGUUUUAAAGACAAGAAGCUCAGCAUUGGUCAGGCUGUCCGCAGGCAGCAAGUUUUAAUGCAAACUAAGAGUGACCUUGUGACCUUCCCUGACUCCGCCACGCCUCGGCCGAUGUCCUGUGAGAACACGCCUGCAGGCCUUCCUUACAUCUACCACAACGGAGUGGCCUACUUCCAAUGCCCCAACAUGAGCCCUCUCUCCCACCACUGGCCUCCUGCCCCUCCAGUGAUGCUCCCUCAGUCCCAUCAGCCUGUCUACCAGCAACCAGCCUAUCACCACCACCACCAGUGUGCCCCAAACCAGUAUCAGUGGAAUGUCGUCCAGUCGCCGAUGCCCCCCAGUCCGGUCGUGUACUCCCAGCAGUCAGAAUAUCUCUAUCAACCGGCUGAUGGCGGCCCUGUCCCGCCUCCUCUGCCCGCCAUGGAGGACGCCCCACCAGAGUUUGUGGAGCCCCCGGUGCUGCAGGUUUACCCGUUUUACCCUCAGAGAACCGACGGCAUGAUACCCUUUGUCCUGCAACACGACCCUAGAAAGAAUCUGAUGUUUCCGCACGCGCAGGUCCACCUGAAGCCAAAGUACUGCCGGUUCAUCCACCGAAAGGACUACCGCUACCCGCCAGAAGCAGCGGAGCCGCCAGACGCCUCCAUGCUUCACACUCACCAGCCUCUCAUGUAG